AUGAGACAAUUGGCCGGGGGCGGGGCCUGCAGGCUUGGCUCUGCUCUGGAGGCGAGAAGGCUCCAUCCUCCAGCGGGAUGGACAGGGCGGGACUCUGAGGACCAGGAAGACCCUUCCAGAGGGGUGUGUGGGAAGGCGGAAGACUUGGAGCUGCAGUCUGGCUGCCUGCCCCUCCUAUCUUCCCGGCCAGCUCCGGGCUCUCUCCUUUUCCCGGGUAGCUCCGAUCGCUUUGACUUCUGGAAGCCAGAACCGUGCUUGCAGCUCCCAGGGAGCCUGGAGCCGGAGGGAAUGGGCCCUGGGAGCCUGGCACCUGCUCAGGACUUGGUGACAUUCAGGGAUGUGGCUGUGAACUUCACCCAGGAGGAAUGGGGCCUUUUGAACCCUCCUCAGAGGGAGUUGUACAAGGAGGUCAUGCUGGAGAAUGCCCAGAACCUGCUGUCCCUGGGUAAGGACAUUUCCUGGUUAAUUUUGAAUCUGCAAUCUAGGGACGUAUCAUCAUUUCCUGGGGUGCAGGGUUUAGGGGGUAUAUCAGGGGGAAAGGAAAAAAGGCUGGUCUGCUAUGUCCAAGCACCAGAUUCCUCCUGUAUAAAUUUGCCUGAUAUCAUAGAAAACUGA